CGCGUUUGUCCACAACCAACUCAUCAUUGACACCGGUGCUGCGGGUCCAUCACGGCAAAGGCGGCUGCGGACAACGAAAGCUUCGUCUCUACGGCACAUAUCCCGAAAUCGUCUUUUGGGUUGCAACACACACCGGGCGCCACAAUGGUCAACAUUCCCAAGACCCGUAACACCUACUGCAAGGGUAAGGAGUGCAAAAAGCACACCCCCCACAAGGUGACGCAGUACAAGACCGGUAAAGCUUCCCUGUUCGCGCAAGGAAAGCGUCGUUACGACCGGAAGCAGUCCGGUUUCGGUGGUCAGACCAAGCCCGUCUUCCACAAGAAGGCCAAGACUACCAAGAAGAUUGUCCUUCGUCUUGAGUGCACCGCUUGCAAGUACAAGCACCAGAUUGCCCUCAAGCGAUGCAAGCACUUCGAGCUUGGUGGUGACAAGAAGACCAAGGGUGCUGCCCUUCAAUUCUAAGCGCAUUGCUGGAUGUCCCCUCUGGAUCCCAUCUGGAAGGCUGGUCUUCGAUGUUCGCUCGUUUGGGUUGUCUGUUCGAGAUCAGAUUGCCCUUUCGGUCACUUUGUUAAUAUAAAAUCUCGACCAAUACGAAAUUUUGUGCUCG